UUUGGAAACAAGUGGAGUGAAAAUAUAUUGAAGGCUUCAACGACAAUCCACCAAAUGCAAGAUCGUUUCAAAGUUGUAAGUCUCGAUGGCAAAAAUUUCUCUUCCCAUACAUGAAUAAGUGGCAUUCAUGCAUUACACGCGCCGAGAGGAGACUUCAUAGUGGAGGGAAUCACAUAGAUGAACAACACUUAGCCGAAGAUAUGUUUAGGGAAGACAUGAAAGGAAAAUCGUUUCAUUUUCAUAGUUGCUAUGAUUUAUGCAAAGAUUGGGUGACAUUUGACCAACCCCCACAAGAAAUUUUUGGUCCACCACCGGUGCAAAGAAACCUCCCGGUAUCCUUGGAAGAUGAUGAUGAUCCGAUUGCUACCGAUAACAACUCCACACCAACUUCAAGUAGGGAUCCGAUUCCUAGGCCGAUGGGAAGAAAUGCCUAAAAAAAGAAACAAAUCAAGGACCAAGAAAAGGAUAAGAAAGCCUUUCAAGAUAAACUACUAGCUCGCAUGUAUCGAUUGGCGGAAGAUAAUGCAAAGGUGGAAGAGACAAAAACAAUAAGAGAGAAGAUGAAGGAGGAUCGACGAGAGAGAGAUAGAGAUGAAGCAACUUUAAUGUUGCAAACCGUUGAUUACUCUCCGGUGAGCAAGGAAUAUUUUGAUGAUC